CUGUCCCAGAAGGUCUCCCCCUCCAUCCGGCUCUUCGGGCGCUCUACAGCCUUGCCCGCUCCCGGAAGCCGCGGGUGCUGGUAACAAAGAGAGCCCCUGUGCUGCCGCCGCCGCCGCCGCCGCCGCGGCCCGGAGUGUGUAGAACCGAAGGCGCCCACGGUGCGGGAACGUGAGCGAGCGAGCGCUGUGGGAGCGCGGACGGCCAUGGGGGCGGGCUGGCGGUGACGGGCGCACGGACCGGCGGCGGAGGCGGAGGCGGCGGAGGCGGGGACAGGUGCAGGGCGCCUCGCCUCCCUCCUCCCCGGCUGCAGCCCUGGCGCAGGUGCUGCCGCUGCUGCCGCUCCUGCUCUGCCCUCCCCCGUCCUGGCUUUCCUUCCUUUUUCUCCCGGGCCCCAAACACCCCUCUCUUCCGUAGGAGUCCCCUUCUCUGGCUGUAACUCACCGGGGAAUAAAUAAGACCGUCAGCGUCGUGUCCACUUUGUGUCUGCACGCAACUGCAGCUGGAGAAAACUUUGCAGGGAAUUGUUUUGUCGUCCCUCUCUCAAGUUUAUACUUCUUAGCCAGCUUUCCCCCCCCUUGUUUGUUUGUUUUUUUUAAUUUCUUUUGCCUUCUGGGUCAUUUACUCAUGCCUCCACUGUAGCUACUUAACAAAACGGAGUAGCGCGAGUACGAAUGCUUUGUUGAAAUACUAACUACGUCUUAAGACCGCAGUCAAGAUGGAUAAAAAGUCCUUUGAAACGGUGCUGGAUGAAAUUAGAAAGGCUGUUUUGACAGAAUACAAAUUAAAAGCAAUUGAAUAUGUGCAUGGAUACUUCUCUAGUGAACAGGUAGUUGAAUUGCUGAGAUACUUUUCUUGGGCUGAACCCCAGCUGAAAGCAGUGAAAGCAUUACAACAUAAAAUGGUGGCUGUCCCUGCAGUAAAAGUGGUCAACAUCCUCAACUGUUUCACCUUCAGCAAAGAUAAGUUGAUUGCCCUCGAACUGUUAGCUUCGAACAUUAUUGAUGCACAGAAUUAUCGCCUUAUUGAAGAUCUUUUUAGGAUCAACAUGUCUGAAAAGAAGCGGUGUAGGAGAAUUCUUGAGCAGGCUUUAAAGGGAGGUUGUAAAGCUCCUCAUGCCAUGAUAUCUUCUUGUGGAAUGAUUCCUGGCAACCCAUAUCCUAAAGGGAAACCCAGUCAGAUAAAUGGAACUUUCCCAGGAUUUCCUAUCAAAAAAGAUGGAGAAGAUUGUACAAAUGAGGGCAAAGGAAUAGCUGCACGAAUACUUGGCCCAUGUAAACCAGCUCCUGCAACAUAUAAUCCACAUAAACCUGUUCCAUAUCCUAUACCCCCCUGCCGACCUCAUGCAACUAUUGCACCAAGUGCUUAUAACAAUGCGGGUUUGGUACCACUGGCCAAUGUCAUAGCUCCAGGAGUCCCACCUCCACCUCCAUAUACCCCUAACCCAGUGGCAACAGAAAAUGAAGAACUUUCUAAUCCAUCAAAACCUCAAAAUCCAACAUUUUCUUCCCACUCAAGUCAGCUUUUUUCUCCUCAUUGUUCCAAUCCUUCAACACCUAUUGCUACUCCAGUCCCUACCCCCUCUCCAGUGAAGGCAGCAAAUCAUCCAUCAGCACCAGCAACACCAGUCAUUUCUGGGAUGAACUCAUCUACUUCUGUCCUUCCUGUGUUCCCGGGACAGGCCUCUGCAGCAAACCAUACACCUCAGUCAUCAAUCCCGACAUCAACUGUCAUCAAAACCAUUUCCCUGCCCAAUGUCCCUGUUACGUCUGUACUUAGCACUACAUCGGCCCCUAUCCCCACAGUUUUUUCUGGCCUGACUCCUAUGUCAGGCCUUGCAACUGCUCCUCCUGCCCCACAGGGGUCUGCUCCACCCUGUGUCCCUCCUGUUCCCAAUGAAGCAUUUGCUUCUGCUUCUGCUUCUGUUCCUGUUCCUGCUCCUGCUCCUGCUCCUGCUCCUGCUCCUGCUCCUGCUCCUUUUAACAGCCUCCCUUUUCCUGCCACUUCUACAGCAGUUUCUACUAAUAACCUUAAUCCUGCUCCAUUAUCUUCAGUUUUUGCAGGGCUUCCUUUGUCCUUAACACCUACUCCCCAAGUGGUAUCCAGCCCAGCUCCCUCUGUAAUUGCUGGUGGUCCUGCUACCAGUCUUCCUGGGCUGAAUAAUCCAAUUCUGUCUGUCUUAAAAGGAUUUCUGACAUCAAAUGAUACAACUUCAAUCAAUUCUUCUGCUUUGGCGUCAUUAUCUUCUCUCACUAAUCAAAACUCUGAUACUCCCACUCCAUCCGUUAACAAGUGCUAUACCCCAUCAGCUACGCCUACUCCCCAAAGGUCUGCCACUCCAGGCAUGGCCAUAUUCCCAGGUCUUUCCUCUCCUUCCGUGGCCAACCCAAGUUCCACUCCCCCUUCCUUGCCAGCACAAUCUUCUUUAGCCACUCCCUCGUCAUCAUCAACAGCACUCCCAGUUAGUGCUGGUUCCUCAACUUCACUUUUGCAUGGCCCCCACCCAGGUAAUCCCGAACUGCAGAUUCCAGCUACCCCUGUGGUCACAAGCAUUCCUGUCAUGGUAAAAACUGAGCCUACAAGCCCCACUCCUUCAGCUUUCAAAGGCCCAUCCCAUCCUGCUAAUCCGACUCAUAGCACUUUAGGCCUGUCAGCAGCAUUAGGUCGGGCAUUUACUUCAGCAGCAGCAUCAGUGCCAGUUAGUUUAUCCACUUGCCUUAAUCCAACUUUAUCAGGCCUUUCCUCCUUGAGUGCUCCCCUAAAUGGUUCUACACCUCUCUCUUUGACCCCUCAUGGUACCUCCACACCAAUUGCUCCUGUGUUUACUGCUCUUCCUCCUUUCACUUCUUUGACCAAUAACUUUCCUCUUGCUGGCAACCCAGCACUUAAUCCUUCUGUAUCUCUCCCGGGGUCAUUAAUAGCCACUCCCCCUACAACUGCCUCCUCCACAUCGGUCCCUCAUCCCAGUUCUACUGCAGCUGUGAUCUCAGGCCUUACAGCCUCAGCCCCUGUUUCAGCAACACCUUUCCCCCUCAACUUAUCUACAGCUGUUCCAUCCCUUUUCUCUGUUCCGCAAGGCCCUCUACCAUCUUCAAACCCAUCCUACCAUGGCUUCCCUGUCUCCAACACUCCAACAGUUACUCCUGCACUCCCUUCCUUCCCGGGGUUCCAAGCAUCAUCUACAGUAGCAGCAGCUGCACCAUUGCCAGCAGCUGCUACAGCUCCAUCACCAGCUCCGGUCUUGCCAGGAUUUGCAUCUGCAUUUAGUUCCAAUUUCAACUCUGCACUUGUUGCACAAGCUGGAUUGUCGUCUGGACUUCAAGCAGCGGGAAAUUCUGUUUUUCCUGGACUUUUGUCACUCCCAGGAAUACCUGGAUUUUCCCAGAACCCCUCACAAUCUUCAUUGCAGGAACUGCAGCACAAUGCAGCUGCACAGUCAGCCCUUUUGCAGCAGGUACAUUCAGCUUCAGCUUUGGAGAGCUAUCCUACUCAGCCUGAUGGAUUUCCUAGUUAUCCUUCAGCACCUGGAACCCCAUUUUCACUGCAGACUGGACUUUCCCAAAGUGGGUGGCAGUGAAUAUAAAUUUUAAAUGAUUUUUUGUUUUGUUUUGUUUUCUCCCUCCUAUGGAAGAAGACCAAAAUUGUUUAAGGACUGUGGUGAACACCCUGGCAAAAAAAGAAGUUGGGGAGAAGUCAGAAAAUGAGAAUCAGGAUUACUUUAGGGAAAUUGGAGUGUUUCAGAGAAUUAAAUUGUAGCUUCAAUUUUUCUUUAUAGCAGUUUUAAGUAUGGACAUUUUCCCAUGUAAAUAGGACUAACAAAUCAUAUGGGAAACAAUAUUACAAAAGUGUUCUGUAUUUAUCAGCUCCCAUUCUAUGAAAUUUUGGUAUGUGUGAUCUGUAUAGAAAGAAUGAUAAAGAGGAGAUUGAAUUCUUUACAGCCGAAUACAGCCUUAAAUCUUCCUGUGAUUUCGCUUGACAUCAUGUAAUAGUUGUGCCUAGGGAUUAAAGGUUGCAUGUGGCCCUUAGGGUUUUCCCUUAGUAUGCAUGAGUAGUUCCUAUUGGUAUCAAUAGGAACUCAGAGUGUAUACAUGAAGGGGACUUAAGACUCCUUCCUGAUACCUUUCCUUCCCCAUUCUUUUCCCUGCCCCCAAUAGUUUUUAAAUACUAAUAUGAAAUGUCUUGCACAUACUGCUGAACUAAACUGAAAAAUAUAUUUUGGUCAAGGAAAAACUAGAAAAAUGGUGCUUACUCUGGUCAUUAGAAUGACUAUUUCAGGUAUUUUGAGUAAAAUUAUACUUCCAGGCAUGCUUUCUUACAGAAAUACAUCUGAAUCUGUAAUAAUUUGCCUUCAGGAUAUGUUUCUUAACAAUAGAGGUGACAACAUUUGUACAAAUAAUAACAAUUGACUGGCAUGUAGGCCAUCUCUCUUGUUCAUUGUACUGGAAAUCUUUGGUGAAUGUUUACAGUCAUGGGAUUUAGUAUUUCUCUUUGAAAGACAUCAUGCUUAAAUACUGAAAAAAAAUGGUAUGGCAGCAUAUAGAAAAGAUUUGCUUUGUUAGUGAAAUGCAGUGUGCACUCUAUUUUGUACCUGUGGUAGUGUAACACAUGAUUGAAAAUCAUUUGUUUAAGACAGCAAUCUCUCUACCAGAUUUUAGAGAGACUGGUCUCCAAUCUUGUGAUUACAAGUGUGAACUGUAGAAAAUCUACUGUAGAACAUUUCAGCACCUAGAGGUUUUACUUUUUUAAAGAUGGUCUCGGAUGGAAGAUGUUGCUAAUGUAUUUUCCUUUAAACAGGGGAACAAACUUUUUAAGCCUAUUAAUAAAAAUAUUCCUGUAUGAUUAGUUUUUAACACAAUUUUUAAAAUAAAGUUUACAGACAUGGUACAAAGUUUUACUGAUUACUUUUUUCUAGUUUAAUUAAAUACUUGAAUAAAUGUUUGGAUAUUUACAUGGACUGGGUAAGUGAAACUGUUUUAUACUAUAUGUUAGAUGGUCUGUUAAAAAUCACUAUACAAUAUUCUGAAUAAUGUAUUCUUAUCUGAAUUGAAUUUAUACUUCUAAAUUCGUACUUUUGAGCAUAAAUUUAAGUAAUUGCCUAAGUAUAAAAAUGAAAUCAUUAAAUUUUGAACAAAAGA